AUGGCCCAUAGUGAUACUGAUGAGGAACUAAGAAAGCUCUUUGCCACACACAGCUUGUCAGAACAGCUUGUAAGCGAUAAUAGACCUCAAUUCAUAGGAGAUGAAUUCGGACAAUUCAUGCGACAAAGUAAUGGUAUUAAUCACAUUAAGUCAGCUCUGUACCACCCAGCCACAAAUGGAAUGGCUGAACGUUUUGUACAGACAUUCAAGCAAGCUCUCUUCGCAGCACUGGCGGAAAAGAAAUCUAUCUCUUGGAAGCUGGCAAACUUUUUGCUGGCCUACAGAUCAACCCCACAUGCCUUGACUGGAGAGACACCAACUGUGCUCCUCAUAGGGAGAAACAUCAGGACAAGGCUUGAUAUACUGAAGCCUAACUUACGGAAGCAAGUGGAAGACAAACAGCAAGAUCGAGAGUUACAGUCAAUUCACAGCCCUGCCAGAAAGCUAGAAGAGUCUGCAGUGACUCCAAACUUUAAUAAGGAACAGUACACAUCGCGAUUAAACCCAGCGGUGUUGGCAGCAACACCACAAUCAGCAAGUACCGUGGAGAAUGAAGAAUUACAGGCUUCCACUAUGAGUGGCAUGGAGGAACCAAGGACCAAAGAUACACAUGUUGACAACACCCCUGACAACCCUACCAGCAGCCAAAGUGAGACCAUGGUUAGCAGUCCAGCAACACCACCAUGCAGACGUUAUCCCCUUCGGCUACAGAAGCCACCAGAGAGACUGAAGCUGUAA